AUGGACACACACUGUGAGCUUCAGGAGUCCCCUAGAGAGCUAGGAUGUGAUUUAUUCUGUGUGGUCAUCACGCUCAUGUUUUGGUCGGAUGCCACGCACCUGACGACAUUCGGUAAUGUGAGGCUAUGGCCGGUGUACAUGUACUUCGGAAAUGAAUCGAAAUACCGCCAUUGCAAACCAUCCUGUAAUUUGAGUGACCAUGUCGCCUACUUUCAAAAGCUUCCAGAUUCAUUCAAGGAUUUUGCAGGGACCUACACCAACGGCAAGGGGGUUGGACGCGAAUGUACGACACAUUGCCAACGUGAAUUAUUUCAAGCCCAAUGGAAGGUCUUGCUCGACGAUGAGUUCUUAGAGGCUUACGAGCAUGGGAUUGUGAUACUCUGCUGUGAUAGUAUCAAACACAGGUUUUACCCACGAAUAUUUACCUACUCUGCAGACUAUCCUGAGAAGGCUCUUAUCGCAACAAUCAAUAAUUACGGUGUAGAUAGUACCCGAGUUGAGUCGUUACUCAAGCCUGAUUCGUGGGUACCAUCUUCGAAUGUUUUAUCCGACAGCCUUGGCGCGUUUGGAUUCAAUGUAUUUGUCACACUUGUCGUUGACCUCUUGCACGAGUUUGAACUCGGGGUUUGGCACAUGCUCUUACUUCACUUACUGAGAAUCCUUUUCACUUUGGAUAAGGACCUGAUCCAUGAGCUUGAUAAAAGGUAUAGGCAGGUCCCGCCAUUUGGAUCUGCGACUAUUAGGCAGUUCUCUGCAAACACCUCUGAUAUGUCAAAACAUGGCUGCGUGCAACUUCAAGGAUCUUCUACAGGCCUUCUCCCCGAACCUCACAACCAAAUUGUCAUUGAUCUCCUUUUCACCAUGGUGCACUGGCACGGACUUGCUAAACUUCGGAUGCACUCUGACCUCACUUUAGAUGUUCUCGACCUGGAAACCACCAAACUUGGCGCACAGUUCUGUCAGUUCAAGGAGAAGGUGUGCAGUGCAUACCGUACCCAGGAGCUCGACCGCGAAGUCGAUGCGAGAAUUUGCCGGCAGACAAAGGAAGCAGGUAAACGGGUGGAGAAAGGCGGGACAAAUGGCAAGGAGGGUGGGGCUACGGCUCAACAGCCUAAGGCAGGAACCAGUGCUAAAGGGAAACAAAAGGCGAGCCCAGAGCAACCGCUAGAUGCACCAUUACCAAGGCAGCCCAGGAGGAAGAGGUCAUUCAAUCUGAAUACCUACAAGUUGCAUGCUCUAGGCGAUUAUGUGACCUCCAUCCAUCACUUCGGCACCACAGAUUCAUACAGUACAGAGCCUGGGGAAUUAGAGCAUCAUACACCAAAAAGAAGAUAUGCUGUCAAACACGAUUACGCCGUAUCAACAAACGGCAGUGGAAACGGGCCCUGUGUGGAAUAUAACGAAGCUGCAAGCGAUCCUCACCUGCACCAUCAUAUCAGUCAAAGUGAGAAGGUUUACGAUGAGUUAGGUCAUUACCUCCGCAAUAAUGCGAGAGACCCUGCUAUCAAGGACUUCCUGCCAUGCUUGAAAACACAUAUCCUGGAUCAUCUUGAUGCUGGGACCCCCGGAUCUCCUGCGAAGGACCCCACUCAUGCUGAUAAUCACCACAAUUCAAUUCUAUUUAAACAUAACCGAAUUUACCACCACAAUCUCACACAAUUCAAUUUUACAUCAUAUGAUGUGCGAAGAUCUCAAGACGUCAUCAACCCCAAAACUCCUCAUUGCAAUAUCAUGCUUCUCCAGCAUGAUCCCGAUGAUGACAACCUCGAUGGCAAUUACUGCUAUGCUAAGGUUCUAGGUGACAGCAAGGCUGACAAGGAGGAUGAAGACCACGUUGGCGUCGAAGAACUCAUCCCCUUUGAGCAGGGACAUAAUGGAAGCUCGGAGACGCUCAUAGAUGCGCUAGACGAAAUGUACACUGGCUUUACUUUGGAUUAUGAGAAUUAA